AUGCUUACUGCAAAUUUAUUAACAUCUGUUAAAUUAGUGAAUAGUGCUAUAGAAACUAUUAUUAAAAUUUUAUUUGAAGAAGAACAAGAACCUCCUUCAUUUUCUAUUACUAUUCUUAUUGCAUUUAAUAACUACAAUGGACUAUCUAUUAUAACUCUAACAGAAAUUAAUAUUACUAUAACAGUUUACAAAAGCCAAGGACUUACUUUUUCUAAAGCUGUAGUGAAUCUUAGCAUAAAAGAAUUUACAGCUGAUCUUUUAUUUGUUACAAUUUCUUGA